UUCUUUGAUGUGCUGUUCUACCUUGUCACUCCCCCUUCCGUUUCUCAAUAAACAAAUAAAUAAAUUAGUGCCCAACUAAUCCUGUUGGGGUAUUUCUUUUCUAUUUAGAUUUUUAUAUUGAGUUUACCAAGUUCAUUCCUUUAUAAAUCCUUCAUCAUUGCCCUUUCUUCUCCCCACACAUUCAAAAUCCUCUCUUUUACCUUUUUAUCAGAGACAUGGGUUUACAGCGAUCAACUAUGGCGAUGCUCUUGCUGAUGAUGUUCACUUUAUCAUCAGCUCUCGACAUGUCGAUCAUAUCCUACGAUGAAGGCCAUCCCGACAAGUCCAAGUCCAGUUGGAGAACAGACGACGAGGUUAUGGUCAUGUACGAGGAGUGGCUUGUGAAGCAUGGAAAAGCGUACAACGUUGGGGAGAAAGAGAGGAGGUUCAAGAUUUUUAAGGACAAUCUUAGGUUCAUCGAUGAACAUAACGUCGAUGAGAGCCACAGUUUUAAAGUUGGGUUGAACCGGUUCGCUGAUCUGACCAACGAUGAGUACCGAGCCAUGUACUUGGGAACUAAGAAAUCCAGCAACAAAGUUUCCAAGAAGAGUAAUCGUUACGCGCCACGUGUGGGUGAGGAAUUGCCGGCAUCCAUUGAUUGGAGGGAGAAGGGGGCAGUGGUUCCUGUCAAAGAUCAGGGAAGUUGCGGGAGUUGCUGGGCCUUCUCAACUGUUGGAGCGGUGGAAGGGAUAAACCAGAUCGUUACAGGUGAUCUCAUCUCACUCUCCGAGCAGGAGUUGGUGGAUUGUGAUACUUCCUACAAUGAAGGAUGCAAUGGAGGGCUCAUGGAUUAUGCCUUUGAGUUCAUUAUCAAGAAUGGUGGUAUUGACACUGAAGAAGAUUACCCUUACACAGGUCACGAUGGCAGAUGUGACUCCUACCGGCAGAAAACUGCCAAGGUUGUUACAAUUGACUCUUAUGAAGAUGUUCCACAAAAUAAUGAGGGUGCAUUGAAAAAGGCACUUGCGAAUCAACCGGUUAGCGUUGCCAUUGAAGCUGGAGGCAGGGCUUUCCAGUUGUAUGCAUCAGGUAUUUUUAACGGAAUAUGUGGGACACAACUAGACCAUGGUGUGGUUGCUGUCGGAUAUGGCACAGAGAAUGGUAAAGAUUACUGGAUCGUAAGGAACUCAUGGGGUAAUCAAUGGGGAGAGGAAGGUUAUAUCAGGAUGGAAAGAAAUCUAGCCAAUACAGCAACAGGCAAAUGUGGAAUUGCAAUUGAGGCCUCUUAUCCUAUCAAAAAUGGUCAAAAUCCCCCUAAUCCUGGCCCCUCUCCUCCAUCUCCAAUAAAGCCUCCUACUGUUUGCGAUAAUUAUUACAGCUGUCCCGAAAGCAAUACCUGCUGCUGCGUCUACGAGUACUAUGGCUACUGCUUUGCUUGGGGGUGCUGCCCACUUGAGGCUGCCACUUGCUGUGACGACCACUACAGCUGCUGUCCUCAUGACUAUCCUAUCUGCAACUUAAAUGAAGGCACCUGCUUGAUGAGCAAGGGUAACCCAAUGGCAGUGAAGGCACUGAGGCGCACUCCUGCUACGCCUUUCUGGGCCCAUGGAAGUGUUGGCGUAAAGAACAAUGCUUAAGGAGAAGCCUGGGAUUUUAUGCAGAAAAUGAUACUACAGGGAGAAGGGAACAGUGCUUGACCGAUCUCCUCUGUUUUGUCAGACUGCAAUCCUUUCUUUCAUUCUCAUUUCAGCAGAUGGAUGGUUUAUAAAUGUUGCGCAGAUGCCAACUAUGUAUAUAGCUUCCUAAUUAAUCCAUGCUGCAUUUCUGAAACAGACAGAACAUUGUCAAUUUCUAUUGUUUUCUGUAUAUCAUGUCAUUCAGCAAUAACUUGCAAGAAUUGAUCUGUCAAUCUUAUCCUGAUCUUAUGGUUAGUUCAUUAUCAUUUCAAUA